UUGAGGCAUUGGGUUUCUCUUUCUGUUCCACAUGUGAUUUGGACAUUUAGACCGUCUCCGCCCCCUGUCAUAGCUCCAAGCCCGCUUGACUUAACCUACAGCGUGAUCCCUGCUCAGUCUCAUUAACCAGCUCAUUGCUUGCAAACUCUAUCCGGCUUUCAAAUUCCCUCAACCCAUCCUACUCGUCGCAUCUGUAAAACCAUCCCAUUGAUCAUCAGAUAUGGAAAACACGUCGCCCGCGUCCAAUCGGUGCAGUUACGAGGACUAUGAGGCUACGGCCGACUGGCUGCGAUCCAAGACAGCGCAGCGUCCUAAAGUGGCCAUCAUCUGUGGCUCUGGGCUGGGCGGACUGGCAGAGCUGCUGCACAACAAGGUCGUCUUCCCCUACAAAGACAUCCCACUCUUCCCCCAAACCACCGUGAUGGGCCAUCAGGGUCAACUGGUGUUUGGGACCCUUGAGGGCCAACAGUGUGUCUGCAUGCAGGGGCGCUUCCACACCUACGAAGGCUAUGACCUAAAACAGGUGACGUACCCCGUGCGUGUGUUCUCGCUGCUCGGCGUGAAGACGCUGAUACUGACCAACGCGUCCGGGGGCCUCAACAGCAGCUACAAGGUGGGCGACAUCAUGCUGAUCAAGGACCAAAUCAACCUGCCGGGCCUGGUGGGGAACAACCCUCUGUGUGGCCCCAACGAAGACAGGUUUGGUGAGCGCUUCCUCUGCAUGUCCGACGCUUACGACCCUGACCUGAUCGCCUUGGCCCAGCAGACGGCCGAGGAGCAGGGCAUCGAGGAGUUCAUGCAGAAGGGGGUCUACUGCAUGGUGAGCGGCCCCACCUACGAGAGUGUCACAGAGGGGAGGGCUCUGCGGACCCUGGGAGCCGACACAGUGGGAAUGAGCACAGCGCUGGAGGUGGUGGUGGCCCGCCACUGUGGCCUGCGUGUCCUGGGCUUCUCACUCAUCACCAACAUGGUGGUGACAGAGUACGACAGCAAGCAGAGGGCCAACCACGCGGAGGUGCUGGAGACCACUCGCAUGCGCACCCAGGUCCUUGAAGGGCUUGUGACAAAAAUUGUAGCCAAGAUCCGGUAGGAUCUUGAAGAAGUGACCCCUGAUAGACGGUUGCACAGUCCGCAUGCACAAAUGUAUAAAGCUGCAGCUGAUGUUGUGUGAGUUUUAAAUUUAAAUCACUGCCAAAUGCACGUUGACCAAGGCUUUGGUGACUUCACCUUAACCCUCGACCCCUCGUUUAGAUUGAAACCCCCGGUUUCAAUCUUAGUUUUGGUUCAGGCGGUAUCAAGGAUGUUGGAUUGAGUAUUUGAUCAUCACUUCUACAAAAAAUGUGAUUUUAAGUGGAGGGUAAAUGUGUAAUAUUAUUAUUUAAGUAAUUACAAUACAAGACUAUCUGAAUUCUUUGAAAUAUUCUCAUCGGCAGUCCGAAAAAGUGAAGCAGAAAGAAAACGUAGUUACUUAAACCAAUAAUCAAGGAAUAAUUAGGGAAUGAAUUAGUGUAAAUAAAGAUAGAGAUAUAUAGUUAUGUAUUUAAGUUGCCAAAUAUGUUAGCAACUAAAUAUGUUAAUAAAACCAAUGAGCCAUGAAGCUGUUUCUAUUGUUCUAAUAUUCAUUAAUUCAUAAACUCCAGGUGACUUGCUGCCGUAUUGGAAACUUCCCAGUCCUUAGGGAAUUUCCCUGUGGAAGGAAGAUGAGGGGACACCCCAAACACUGUCUUGUGAGAAGGCUUUUCAGAAGCUCUAUUUGAUGGAUAAAUCAUUUUGCCUAAAAAUAGCUGCGAAGUUGGCAUGAUCACACAAUUUUAAAUGUGUUUUUUUCGUUUGACGUUUGCUGUCUCCGAAACUGUAAUUUGAGCCAGAAUCAUUGUACCUGCUGUUUUGAAUGUUUCCAGGUGUGGUGUUGCGCUCACCAGCCAGGUCCUCUCUGUUUGACAUCUUAUGUUUGAGCACUGAAGAGACCUAGAAACUAGGGUCACAAAGUAACCUCUCGGGCACUUUAUAAGAUAAGAUAAGAUAAGAUAAGAUAUACUUUAUUCAUCUCAGUAGAGACAUUUAGGACACAGGAUUUAUAACAGAUAUCAAAGAAAUGUACAUACAAGACACUGCCCUCCCUCAGUCCAAGACCAAUGGUAUCCUCAUGAUUACACCAGAGCGGUUCCACUCAGAUAAUGCACCCUCAGGAAAAAAUAAAUAAAAAUACUCUGCAAUUGAUAAUGGGGAAACAA